UCCAUGUUGGAUCUCAGACCUUUACUGCAGAUGAGACCAGUCCUUUCUGUCAUGCAUGCCAAGGCUCAUUCAACCAAGUGUGAGAUAAUCUGGAGUGGCAAAAAUCAGGAAGGUGCUGGCACAACUGCAGGGGAGGAGGUUGAAAUGGUAAACAGCUACCUGUCUCGUUGUGCCCUCACAACCAAGUACAUGACAAAAUCUGCCAGGAAUGACAUGCUAACUGUCCAUGCUAUUGGGAGGAACCGACGGAAGCGGGAAGGCCUUCAUCUUGCAUUAUCCAGCAGAUGCAUCAAGACUUUCAAAAAGGCUGAGGCUGAGUCUCAGAGACUGGAGGGUGUCCUGAGAACAUUGUGCUUCAGUGGGUACAUGAUGUCAGACAAUGGGCUACCGAGGACCGCAACAAAAUUCAACACUUGCAUCGAAGAAAAUUGUGGGAAGAGAAAAGUUUUGCAAGCAAUCAAGCUCUACAAUGAGCAGGUGCCAGAUGAAGAGGAGAGGAGCAUCACUGAGGAGAAGGUGGUGGUGGGGUGCUUCUCCUAUAGCUGGAGACGAAGGAGGGAGUUGUCCGAGGCCCAGAAAGAGCUCAAGUUACCUCAACGCAAGCUCAAGACUGAGUGUCCAACGAGGUGGGGUUCAAAACAAGCAAUGAUUGCCAGGGUGUUGGAACAACAGAGUGCCAUUUCUUGUGUUCUCUCCGCGGACAGAAAAGCCAGACACCUUGUCCCCACAUGGCAGGAUGUAGAAGUCCUUGAGGCGGUCAACAACUCCCUUUCUCCACUUGCUGAAUUCACUGAUGCUCUUUCAGGAGAGCAGUAUGUGGGGAGGGAGAAACAGAACUGUCAAAAUGCAUCAAGAAGAAGAUCCUGGACUACCUGAAUGAGAAGUAUGAUGGUCCACAGACUCAAGAGUUGCUUGACAUGGCUUCUGCAAUUGAUCCCAGAUUCAAGCUUAAGUACGUCAACGUCAACGAAGACAGAGUUGAAGCUGUCAAGAUUAGUUUGAGAACUGAAAUGGCAUCAAUAUCUUCAGUCAUGAAGCUUCAGCCAUCUGUGAGUGUGACUGUUAGAGAGGAAGCAGAAGACCAAAAUGCACCAGCACUAAAGAAGACCAAAAAACCACUGGGCAGCUUCUUUAAAGUGGAUGAGGACCACAGACCAGCAUCAUCAUCUCUCUCCAGUCUCCAAGACAUGGC